AUGGAAGAGGCAAACUUCACCUUGGUGACAGAAUUCUUCCUUAUCGCCUUCACUGAACACCCUGAGCGAGCACUACCUCUCUUCCACCUGUUUUUAUUUAUUUAUCUCUUCACUCUGCUGGGGAACGCAGGCAUGAUCAUCCUGAUCUGCCUGGAUCACCGGCUCCACACCCCCAUGUACUUCUUCCUAAGUCACCUCUCUUUCAUGGACAUCUGCUACUCCUCUGUCACUGUUCCUCAGACAAUGGCUGUGUUGUUGGAGCAUGGGGCAAGAAUGUCCUACACACGCUGUGCUGCUCAGUUUUUCCUGUUCACCUUUUUUGGUUCCAUUGACUGUUACCUUCUGGCCUUCAUGGCCUAUGACCGCUAUGUGGCUGUGUGCCAACCGCUGCUUUAUGUCACCAUCAUGACGCAGAAGGUCCGUCACAGUUUUGUGACUGGGGCUUACAUUGCUGGCCUCUUCAGUGCCUUGGUGAGGACCAUCUCAGCAUUCACUCUUUCCUUUUGUGGAAACAAUGAGAUCGACUUCAUUUUCUGUGACCUCCCUCCUCUAUUAAAGCUCACCUGUGGUGACAGCUACACCCAGGAAAUGGUGAUUAUUGUGUUUGCCAUUUUUGUCAUCCCUGCUUGCAUGGUGGUGAUCUUGGUGUCUUACUUGUUCAUCAUAGUGGCCAUCAUGAGGAUCCCUUCAGCGGGAGGCCGGGCCAAGACCUUCUCUACCUGUGCCUCACACAUCGCCACAGUGUCUCUCUUCUUUGGCACCCUCAUCUUCAUGUACCUGAGAGAUAACUCUGGCCAGGCCUCAGAUAAGGACAGAGUGGUGUCUGUGUUGUACACAACAGUAAUCCCCAUGUUGAACCCUCUCAUCUACAGCCUGAGGAACCAGGAAGUGAAGGGAGCUCUAAGGAAAGUUUUCCACAGAGUCAAGCUUUCCUAG